AUGAACCGGCGUGCUCUUUUCCCGUCCGACAGUGACGAGGACAGCACCGAUGUCUUCAGCCUCGCGGCUGCGGGUGCCGGUGAUCAAACCAUGUCUGGAACAUCAGGCUCACGCCUGACGAAGGAUCCGCUGUCUGCGGGUGCGGCGUCGCAGCUCCACUCCUCAAGCCUCAACACUGACAGGAGAACCACAGCAGCAGUGCAGCUUCCCGAGCCCGGCAAGGUGACAGCCACUCGUCAAAACCUCUCACAGCUCUUCGGCGCAGGCCCUACGCCGUUGUCGAUGCGAGGAAUCUCCAGCGCACUAAGUCCGCCCUCAGCUACGCAGGCAGCCGCUGCCAGAAAUGUUGCAAACGGCGCUUCAGUCGAUACCGGCAGUGGUGCCACAGAAGCCGCGGCCUUCUUCGCGCCGCACUUCGAUUACGAUGGCAAUGGCGGCUCGGGGGCCGCAGGCGGCGCCGCCACUGCUCUUGCAGCUGCCACGGGUGAAGUGGCGGCGGGGCUUAUCACAGCCGAGCACGCGGUAAUACAAGCGUACCGUGACUCCCUCUACAGCGGCACGUGUAUGCUGGCGCUAUGCGUGCCCCUUGCUACUGCCUCCGCAGCCACCACCUCUGCUGCUUCACCACCGUCAGCUGCUGUGCGCCGACACCUCCGCGAACAGCAAGAGGCUGUCGCUGCGUCAAAUGGGGCGGCCGGCGGUCCCACGUUGCUGCUCAUCAGCAGCAACCGCCAGGUGCUCUGUCGCGUUGCUCUCGACGCCACCGACGCUGUGUUUUCUAGCGACUCGCUGCAACUGCGUCAAGACGCUGCUCAGCCACAGUACCUCACCUUUUUCGACAUCGGCUGCGCUGGUAUCCGUGGAGGAAGCUCCUCUGAGAGGUCCGCCGCGGGUGGGGGCGGCAGCGGGUGCUGGUGGACGUGUAUGUUUCCUGACCGCGACAAGGCGAGCCGCUUCCUCGUCUCCACCUACACCGUUGCACAGUACGCGGCCGCGCUGGCACAGCGCACGGGCACCACGUCGACAUCUGUUCCAUCCGUGCGCACAUUGCCCACCUCGCCACCUUCCAAAACGGACAAGGCGGCAGCCAGUGCUGCCGAUGGCGCGUCGGGCGUGGUCCGGCCAGAUGUACCGGCGACCAUCUGCUGGCAAACGUGGGCGCUGCGUCGCGUGAGCCGGGAAACCCUCUACUGCGUUCCAGGCAGCUGCGUCGAGGCGGUGCCGCCGUCGGCACCGCGAACUGUGACGGCCACGGAUGGGACUCUGUGGGACGCCGCUGCUGCUGCACUGGUGGGCAUGCGAACAGGUGAGUCGCGGCUUGUCUUCUUGACGCCAGAAGACACGCGCGCGCGGCGGCCGAAGUCGCGGGUCGAUUCUCGCCGGUCGGACCACACUGGCAAAAGUGCCCCCCAGCUCGCUCUCAACACCCCGGCGGUGAUCUACAUGACGUGUCUGCAGGCCGCCUCAUCCCCCAUUGGCACGCCGGAGCCGUCCACUCCAACUGCCGCUGCCGACUUGGCACCACCACUUCCGCCCCCGCCCCCUCCGGCACCUGCUACUGCUGCCGCCGCGACCAGCGUCUCUGUGUCUGCACUACCGCCUGCUGCGGAGUCGCCACCAGCUCCCGGUGCUGUCAACGCGUUGUCCACGAACCCGCUGCUCCAGCAACUUCUCCUUCACUUUCUGCAGCAGCAACCACAGCAGCCGCUUCCGAGCGCCACCGCGUCACAGCAGGGGACAUCGCAGCAAGUGUGGGAGAGCAUAGAAUGCGCACUGACUCGCGUGCAGGCGCAGCUGGGCUCCUUGUACGAAAAGAUUGACCGCCUCGACAUUGACGGAAAGCUGCAGCACAACAACACAGAGCUGGAGCGUGUCAUGCGGAGGGUGGUCGGGCGGGCGCCGCAGGAGGAGGUCGCCAUCGAGGAUUCCCUGAAGGACCGGGAGGAGCUUCUCGCCAGUAUCGAGCGCCACCGCCAAAAGUUCGAGGAGGCGAACGCGAACUAUCAACGCGCGCUCGAGGCGAUGGGCCGCUUGUCUGACCGCGCUCAGGGGUUGGAGAGGGAUCUGCGCCUGCAGCAGGACAUAUGGGCUCAGCAGCGGAAGGACGAGGCAGAGCAGAUGCGUCUGCGGCUGGUGGAGCGCGAUGCGCGGCAUCGUGACGAACUAGAGCGCGUCAGCGAAGAGCGAUACGCCGCGGGCAGGUCGGACGGUCACGCGGUAGGCUAUCGAGAGGGCCGGCAGGCGACGUUGCUGGAGGUGGAAGGAAGCGGCACUGGCGGCGACGGCGGCGAAUCGGUGGUGAUGAAGUGGCGAGAGAAGCUGAUGGAAAAGGACCAAGAGGUGGUUGCGCUGCAGACGGCCUUGCAGGAUGCCAAGUUCCGCCACGACCGCGAUCGACGCCAGUUGCGCGCUGAGAUCGACGUCUUGACGGAGCUGAACGAGAAACUGCAACAUCUUCAAGCUAACGCUGACGUUCGUGUGCCGGAGGAGACGGUGCAGCAGCAGUGCAAGCGCAUCAAGCGCACGCUGAACGCUGUGUACAACCAGGUGGAAGAGCAGCUGCUGCAGCUUUCCUCUCUCGAGCGGCGCUCGCGACCUGGAGGCCGGCGGUCUUUGCCGACAGUCGACGAGGGAGAUGAUGUCAAGGGGGCAGGUGAGGCAUUGGACGCUGACGGCAGCGGCAGCAGCGGCGUCGUUGCUGUGGAUGACAUCUUGGCUAUCGUUAUGGUAGCCAUACGUUCAGAGGCGCAGGUGGCGGUGACGGAGAUCCGCUCCUACGAGGCGCGGAGGACGGCCGCGAACGCCGAACUUCGCGCGCGGACGUUGGCGCGGCGCAGCGGGCAGCAUCCAACUCCGGCGUCGUAUGAUGGGCACCGUCCCUCCACAUCCUCCGCUCUCCUGGUGGAGUACGGGGUGGAAGAAGAGGUAGGUGGUGCGAAGGUGGAGCACAGCAGCCUGGCGAAGCGCGCGUCGACGCCACCGCCGCUUCCGCCGGUGCACACCGCCGCAUCGCAGGACGCGCUCGCAGCCGUGGCGGCGACUCUACUGCCGAAGGUGGCCCAAGUUGCGUCGAUGAAGGCGAGCGCAGCGGAGGCUGAAGAGGGCUCGGCAGGAGCCACAUCCCAUGGCGAUGGACUCCCCUGUGAGGGCACCGCCGUCGCUCCUGCAACGGCAUCGCCGGUUGCUGCUGAGGAACCGUUCCACUCCAAGGCAGGCAUGCAAUGGGGCAAUGCAAGAAAUGGAGGCGCAGGCUCAGUCGCGUGUCGGCCCUACAGCGCGCCAGCUCACGGCGAUCUCGGCGCCACUGCCCCUGCGCCCGUGCUGUCUUCCGCAGCCGAUAGGAAGGGGGUGAACGUUCCUGACGUGGGGGCAGACUCGCUGCAUUCUGCACGGUCGCGGUCAACCACUGCCCCCAUACCCGAAAUCGAGAGGGAUUCGGUGGGGACCAGACCCGGCGAAGCACUGGGCUGGCGUGUCGGCGACAGCGCCGAUGGUGGGAGUCGUGCGUUUUCUUCUGCCGACAUCGUCGCCGGUGGCGCUGCUGAUGAUGCUGUCGCCGCGAGAGCUUCAGCCGAGCUGUGGUCAAGCCCCGGCGUUGAUGAUGAAGUGCGGCCAGUGCCAACGCUAAACGCCACUGCAGCCCAUAUCGCCACCACCUUAAGUACUCCAACGCGGAUGGGUGCCGACAGCCCGCUCACAAUGAACCGUGCGCACGUCGCGCUGGAGGUGGUGCGCGCGGUAGACACGGAGACCGCUCGUAUGCCACGAUGUUCGGCAAACUCUUUGUCUCCGUUGUCUACGCCUGCGAGGGAGGGUCGCAUGGCCACUCGACUUCCAGCAGAUGCUCCAGCUUCGCCGCCGCCGCCGCUCUCUGCUCUUCACGGUGGGAGUGACGAUGGUGAUGGCACGCGCCAUGGCGACGAGGCCAUCGGUGACAGCCCUUCUGCUAGCAUGAGGGAAGCUCCGUGCGUUCGCGAGCCGCGGGCCGAUACGUCCCAGGAAGCUCUACCCCCUGGUGCCGCCGGUGUUCCCGAAUGA